CACCCCCUGGAGACUAGCUAGGAGACCCAGCCCCCGGCCUGAGAGAAGGAGAGAGAGAGUGAGGUAGUGAGGGAGUGUUUUAAAGCCAGCAGCAGGCAUGAUGUCGUACAUUAAGCAACCCCAUUACUCCGUGAACGGGUUAACGCUGUCCGGCCCGGGCAUGGAUCUGCUCCACUCCGCCGUUGGAUACCCCAACACUCCGCGUAAACAGCGUCGGGAGCGCACCACCUUCACACGCGCACAGCUGGACAUCCUCGAGGCUCUGUUUGCCAAAACGCGCUACCCAGACAUCUUCAUGAGGGAGGAGGUGGCCCUCAAGAUCAACCUGCCGGAGUCCCGAGUCCAGGUCUGGUUCAAGAACCGUCGUGCCAAGUGUCGCCAGCAGCAGCAGCAGAGCACGGGCCAGUCCAAACCACGGCCCCCUAAAAAGAAGGCAUCGCCCGCUCGGGAUGCCAACUCCGAGGCCAGUGCCAACCCCUCCAAUGGACCCUACAGCCCUCAGCCCCCUCCUCCAGGCACCUCCAUCACCCCCAGCUCCAGUUCUGCUAGUGCCACGGUGUCCAUCUGGAGCCCGGCCUCCAUCUCCCCACUGCCAGACCCCCUGUCCGCCUCCAACACCCCCUGCAUGCAGCGCACCUCCGCCUACCCCAUGACCUACACUCAGGCCCCGGCCUACAGCCAGAGCUACGGAGGCUCCUCCUCCUACUUCACCGGCCUGGACUGUAGCUCCUACCUGUCCCCCAUGCACCCGCAGCUGUCGGGCACCGGAGGCGCCCUGAGCCCCAUCACGGCCUCCUCGAUGGGGGGGCCCCUCAGCCAGUCCCCGGCCUCGCUCUCCUCCCAGGGCUACACGGCCGCCUCGCUGGGCUUCGGAGCCGUCGACUGUCUAGACUACAAGGACCAAGCUGCCUGGAAGCUCAAUUUCAAUGCCACUGACUGUCUGGACUACAAAGACCAGAACUCCUGGAAGUUCCAGGUCUUGUAAAUAGCAAGUAGGAGGUGGGGGAGGGAAGAGGGGUAGGGGAGAGAAAUCAGAGUAGGGCGAAAAAACCCCAGAUUGGUGUGUUGGUAGAAGAAAGGAGGAGACCGUGGGACACAGAAAUCAAUUAAUCACAUCAGCUGAAGAACGAAUCAGCUGAAAUUAAGUCUUUUGCCAUUUCAUGAUGAAAAAUGUGUGUGGAAGUAAACUGAUCUGUCGAUGACAGUCAGUGUUCCUAAGUUGAAACGUUAUGUAUUGUUAGUGUACGAUAUCUGUACACUAACAUAUAAUCAGUGAGAAAGAACAGCAGCUGUGAUUCUGUAGCUCGGUGGUGUUCAGGGCCGAAAUGGUUGUGAUUCAAAUGCAGCAUUGAGUAAAGAGAACAUGCACGAACAAAGGGGCAUUCUUUUGAUUGACGACUCAGUAGUUUUGGUUGAGAAACAUUCAGAAACCGCUCCGCUGGCCUCCACUCGGACCAGCAGAGUGUUCGACAGUUUACAACAGUUUCCGGUGACCUCCAAGUUUACGGCCUUGAAAUCGACGUUUAAAAGCACACGAACCGACUACAGCCCAAGCUCAUGUUUAUUUCUUCCUUCUAGACUUUGUCUUGUAUUUUCUGUGAUUAUAUACAUAUAUCAUCAGCGAGCUGACUCAAAAAAAAACAACUCAAACCAACCCAGACGUGACAUCUCGAGGGAGGACCGAUGGUUAAACACCGUGUGAAAGAUGUUUAGCAGACAGAAGCUGACGAUUCCCAGUAGCCUUGUGUGAUACUGACCCUCUGCAGCCUGCGUGUGUCUGCGUUACAAAGCGGAGGGUUGUGGAGUUGGUCACUGGAGUGACUGCAGUACAAACCUGUUGCCUUUGAGCAUGGUUGAAAUCAUUAGCAGAAUGGCUCGUGCAUUGUUAGUUUUAAUAGGAUCACUUCCAGACAAUUUGUGCCGACAAUGGUCGCAUUGUGGCAGCCGAGUACUCCCCCCCGCCCUCCCCCUCUCCAUCUCACAGUGUUUGCGUGAGGUUAGCAGGUUGUUGAAGCAGUUCUUGAAUCUACGAACGACUUUGUUAUGAACUGUGUGUUGCUGAUAAACUGCUCCAGAUGACGGGAGAGACGACUGCACCAGAGAAAGAGAAGGGACUUCCUUUGCACAGAGAGUGUUGGUGCCUCUCUCAACUCCAACCUGUAAAGAUGUGAUGGGUACCACUUUAUGUGUUUGAUGUAUCUGUUGAUUUCUUUUUUUUUUUUGUAUUAGACUUAAACAAUAUUAUGUUUCUUUUUGAAAAAAAAAUAAUUGUGAAUUCGUUAAAGUAAGAAUUGUGGUAAUUUGUUUUGAAGUUGAUAUUAUUAUCAGUAUUAUUACUAUCAUCAUUAAUAUUAUGUCUUCAGCGGACAUGGACGUUGCUAAUAUACUUUUUUUUUGUUCUUUUGUAAAUAUUAAAACUUGAAAAUGCAAUCAUGUCUGGUAUCAGCAGGCGCUCCAACACAAUCUCUCUUUUUCUUAAUUUCUAGAAAACUGCCAACUUUUUAUUUUUUCUGUUUAUAUUUUUUCUGGUUUCUUCUUCUUCUUCUUUUUUUUCAAACUCAGGGGUUUAUCCAAUAAAAGUAGCAGUAUUAGGAUACAAUACUGUUCAUGCUUCUUAAUCAUUUACUGUACUUUUGUUUUUCUUUUGCAUUACUAUAAUCUUCUCUGCUUAUUUUUCUGACAUGAAUUAUUUUGUAUAUUUCAUUUGUCUCCUGUGUUUUCGGCCGGUCUAACCACUACCAUGCUAGAUGAUGUUUCUGAGACAUUAA